AUGUUUACCACCAGACCAGUUCUAUAUUGGCACUAUAAAGCUUGGCAGCGAUUAACUGCUGGUUAUCUCCGUACUUUUUACAAGAAUAACCUGCCAAACAAUGAACUGAUUGGCUAUGUGAUCAACGACAAACACCCCAAAACAAUCAGAGUAGCUUGUGACAGAUUUAUGUACGUUGUUAGAUACAAAAAAACCUUUAGAAUGACGAAAAAGGUUUGGGCCCACGAUGAACAAUCACAAGCCUCUCUCGGUGAUAUAGUCAGAAUCCAGCCGCUGGGGUAUAGACUGGGGCCCUGGAAGACCUACACUCUCGCCAAACUUCUACACAAGGAAUCUAACAAACUAAAUUUACAGAAAAAUACCACACAAAAUAACUUACAAUUAGACACUUUAUGUAGCGAUAAAAUUAAUUUGUAA